GUGCAUAAAGAGAAGCUCCAAGAAGUUUGAGACAAUGCUCAAGCAACUUGCAUUAGUCUAUAGUGUAACUUCAUGAAGAAAAACAUUAUGUAAAUGCAUCUUUACCAAAGAUUUUACAGGUGAAUUGAUGCUGAGUGGCGACUCCAACAUUGUAAGAAGGUCGAGUAUUUUCUGUUCUGUCCACUGACACAUAAAGGUCUGGAUGGAUGCCAGUGACUUCUGAUCACAAUGAUAAAAGAGCUGGGAUUCACCAUUGUGUCUUAUAUUAGUUUGGCUGUAUACUGGUGGAUAGAUGAUAUUUCAAUUGUUGGAAAUGUUAACCCAGUAAAUGUCCAGAUUGGAGAAGAUGUGAUAUUGUCCUGCCUAGAAAGAGGCUGCAGAUUCCCAAACCUGCAAGUCCACUUAUAUAAAUGGGAAGGCUCUGAAAAUAAGACUCUAUAUAUUUAUAACAGCACAAAACAGAUGAAAGUUCAGGAAAGCAACUCAGAAGAGAGAGAGAAGAAUGAAACUCAACAAGGAUGCUAUAUAAAUGGACUCCUUGAAGUGACUCUUUUACAGGUGAAACCAGCAGACGCUGGACAGUACGUAUGUGCUCUAACAUGUGGAAAAGUCUACAAAGAAGAUACUAUGGAAGUGAUACCAGGAGGUAUAAUUAAUGCUUCUGUUGGGGAAGAUGCCACUCUGCCAUGCCCACUUAUUUUGGCACAUAACCCAUCCUAUUUAAAGAUGCACUGGAGAAGAAUUAGUCCUGGAAAGGAACAGACCAUCUAUUCUUACCUGUACCAGGGCACCAGUCCAGUGGUUUAUUCUGAGGACACUCAUGGUGACAGGUGUAAUUCUUCAAAUGUUCCCAGUAGUAGAGUUUGGUUUGGGAAGAAAUAUAGGCAAAAGGCCGAGAUCUUCAAAAGCAAUGAACUCAGUAGCAAAAAUGGGUAUAUGAAACUAAAGAAUAUUCAAGAAGAGGAUGCCGGGAAAUACUUAUGUUCGGUGAAGUCCAACUUGCUGCACAAACAGGUCACCUUCCAACUAUCUGUAAAAGGAAACCAAUACCAGGAUAUGAGUGGCAGCUCAACAUUUCUCUCUUUUGUGCUUCCUUAUCUCCUUUGCUUACCCUUUCUGGCCCUGUGUUUGCCUAAAAAUAUCGGUCAACAGCAGGCAGACAAUGAAGAACUACAAAAAUUGCGCAGUGAAGUUGAAGAACUCCGAAAACUGUGCACUGAAGAAGUUGGUCAAUGGCAGACAGACAAAGAAGUACUCCGAAAACUGUGUAGUGAAGAAAUUGAAGAACUCCGAAAACUGCGUAGUGAAGUUGAAGAACUCCAAAAACUCUGCAUUGAAGUCCAAUGGAGAAGAGCUUGUAGCAAUGCAGACUCCGUCACCCUAGAUGCAUCCUCAGCCCACCCCAAUCUCUCCAUUACUGUUGAUAAGAAAAGCUUCACCCACGAAGAUCACACCCAGAACUUAGAUAAUCCUCAACGUUUUGACAGGAUUGUGUCUGUCUUGGGCAGCGAAGGAUUCUUCUCUGGAAAUCAUUACUGGACAGUGGAUACUGGGAACAGCACUGCAUGGGACCUGGGAGUGGCCAUAAGAUCGAUACAGAGGAAGGGGCAAAUUUCCUUGUUACCAAUAGAGGGGUUUUGGGUCCUGGGGAGGAGUGGAAAAGAUUACUGGGCAAAGACAGAUCCGUGGACAAGAGUCACAGUGCAAAGAAAGCUCAGCAAAAUUGGAGUUUAUCUCAGUUUCCAAGAGAAAGAGGUGGCUUUUUUCAACAUUGCUGAUAUGUCUGUGCUGUUUGUAUUUAAAGACUGCUCAUUCACAGAAGAAAUAUUUCCAUUCUUUAAAAACACACACAAAGGAACAGCCAUGAGAAUCUGUUCCAUAAAAGAGGAGAAAGCUUAGGUGGGGUGCUUGUUUCUUUCAGACCAAUAAUUUUUUUAGAGGUUUGUUCACAAAAAUCAUUGAAAAUACCCCCUGCCUGCUCUCCCCUUUCUAGAGCCCGUCGUAUUUUUUCUUACAACAGGCUUUUUUGCUAGUUGGCCAUAAUUUGUGAGAGAGGCCUAAAACAUUGUUUCAACAGAAUACGAAGUCUCUAGGACACAGCCAAGAAUAGGCUAGCAGGUAGAGAUCAUCAUAUAAGUGAACGUAUAGCCAGGCACCACUUGAUACAACUUCUUAGGGGAAGAAGCCUAAAUGGAAACAAUUUUUAAUAUGUUAGACUCAUAAAAAUACAGCAUUGAUAUUACAGAUUCAAAAACAUGUUACAAGAGUGUGCAUAUAGGCGAUACAGCCUUCUUCAUUGCUGUAUGGGAAUUAUGUUAUACUGUUCAAAUGUUUUUGUAAACAAGUGUGUUUUUUUAAUUCUAAGAAAACUGUUUUUAAGUAAAAGAUUUUUUUU